GGAUAAUACCCUCGACCUGAAUCUGUGACCUGUAGCCUCCAGAAUCAAAAGGAAAUAGCAUUUUGGGAAAAUCGCCCAAAAUCAGUGAUGGUACCCCUUUGGAAUCUGCCAAAAAUUGGCCCAGAAUAAAUCCGCCCAAUUUUGUGCUGAACGGACAUAAUCAUCGUUGAGGAAUAGGCUCAGGCUGAAUCCGUGAUCUGUAGCCCUCAAAAUCCAAGGAAAAUUACCUUUCGUCGCCCAAAAAUACGAAAAUGGCAUAUGAAAAUAAAUUGGCCCAAAUUGGUGCUUAAUGGAUUUAUCAUCCAUGGAGAAUAGGAUCAAUAGACUUCAUUUUUGGUAGAUAAUAGCCUCGGCCGGAAUCCGUGAUCUGUAGCCUCCAGAAUCGAAAGAAAAUGGCAUUUCGGGAAAAUCGCCCAAAAUCUGUGAUGGUACCCCUUUGGAAUCCGCCAAAUAUUGACCCGGAAUAAUUUCACCCAAAUCAGUGCUUAAUGGACUCAAUCAUCGUUGAAGAAAAGCCUCUGGCCGAAUCCGUGAUCUGUAGCCUUCAAAAUCCAAAGAAAAUGACCUUUCGUUGCCCAAAAAUUACGAAAAUGCCAUCCGAAAAUAAAUUGGGCCAAAUAGGUGCUUAAUGGACUUAUCAUCCGGGGAGAAUAGGAUCAAUAGACUUCAUUGUCAGUGGAAAUAGCCUCGGCCUGAAUUCGUGAUCUGUAGCCUCGAGAAUAGAAAGAAAAUGAUAUUUCAGGAAAAUCGCUCAAAAUCUGUGAUGGUACCCCCUUCAGACCGAAUCCGUGAUCUGUAGCCAUCAAAAUCCAAAGGAAAUGACCUAUCGUCGUCCAAAAAAUUACGAAAAUGCCAUCCAAAAAUAAAUUGGCCCAAAUUGGUGCUUAAUGGACAUAAUCAUCCGUGGAGAAUAGGAUCAAUAGACUUUAUUAUCGUUGGAUAAUAGCCUCGUCCAGAAUCCGUGAUUUGUAGCUUCCAGAAUCACAGAAAAUGGCAUUUCGGGAAAAUCGCCCAAAAUCUGUGAUAGUACCCCUUUGGAAUAAGCCGAAAAUUGACCCGGAAUAAAUCCGCCCGAAUUAGUGCUUAAUGGACUCAAUCAUCAUUGAAGAAUAGCCUCAUGGCGAAUCCGUGAUCUGUAGCUUACAAAAUCCAAAGAAAAUGUCCUUUCAUUGCCCAAAAAAUUACGAAAAUGUCAUACGAAAAUAAAUUGGAACAAAUCGUUGCUUAAUGGAUUUAUCAUCUGCGGAAAAUAGGAUCAAUAGACUUCAUUAUCGGUGGAUAAUACCCUCGGCCUGAAUCCGUGAUCCGAAGCCUCCAUAAUCAAAAGAAAUGGCAUUUCGGGAAAAUCGCCCAAAAUCUGUGAUGGUACCCCUUUGGAAUCUGCCAAAAAUUGACCUCGAAUAAAUCCGCCCAAUUCUGUGCUUAACGGACAUAAUCACCGUUGAGGAAUAUCCUCAGGCUGAAUAUGUGAUCUGUAGCCCUCAAAAUCAUAAGAAAUUGACCUUUCCUCGCCCAAAAAUUACGAAAAUUGCAUACGAAAAUAAAUUGGCCCAAAUCGGUGCUUAAUGGACUUAUCAUCCAUGGAGAAUAAGAUCAACGGACUUCAUUGUCGGUGGAGAAUAGCCUUUGCCUGAAUCAGUGAUCUGUAGCCUCUAGAAUCGAAAGAAAAUGGCAUUUCAGGAAAACCGCACAAAAUUUGUGUUGGUACCCCCUUUGAAAUCAGCCAAAAAUUGACUCGGAAUAAAUCUGCCAGAAUUUGUGCUUAAUGGACUCAAUCAUCGUAGAAGAAUUGCCUCAGACCGAAUCCGUGAUCUGUAGCCUUCAAAAUCCAAAGAAAAUGGCCUUUCAUCGCCCAAAAAAUUACAAAAAUGUCAUUCGAAAAUAAAUUGGUCCAAAUCGGUGCUUAAUGGACUUAUCAUCUGCGGAGAAUAGGAUCAAUAGACUUCAUUAUCGGUGGAUAAUACCCUCGGCCUGAAUCCGUGAUCUGUAGCCUCCAGAAUCAAAAGAAAAUAGCAUUUUGGGAAAAUAGCUCAAAAUCUGUGAUGGUACACCUUUGGAAUCUGACAAAAAAUUGACCCGGAAUAAAUUCGCUCAAUUCUGUGCUUAACGGACGUAAUCAUCAAUGAAGAAUAGCCUCAGGCUAAAUCAGUGAUCUGUAGCCCUUAAAAUCCAAAGAAAAUGACCUUUGGCCGCCUAAAAAUUGCGAAAAUGGCAUACGAAAAUAAGUUGGCCUAAAUCGGUGCUUAAUGGACUUAUCAUCCAUGGAGAAUAGGAUCAAUAGACUUCAUUUUCGGUGGAGAAUAGCCUCGGCCUGAAUCUAUGAUUUGUAGCCUCUAGAAUCGAAAGAAAAUUACAUUUCGAGAAAAUCGCCAAAAUUUGUGAUGGUACCCCUUUGGAAUCUGCCAAAAAUUGACCCGAAAUAAAUCUGCCUAAAUCGGUGCUUAAUGGACGUAAUCAUCGCAGAAAAAUAGCCUCAGGUCGAAUCCGUGAUCUUUAACCUUCAGAAUAAAAUGAAAAUGGCCUUUUGUCAACCAAAAAUUACGAAAAUGUCAUCCCAAAAUAAAUUGGGCCAAAUCGGUGUUAAUGGACUUAUCAUCUACAGAGAAUAAGAUCAAUAGACUUCAUUAUCGGUGGAUAAUAGCCUCGGCCUGAAUCCGUGACCUGUAGCCUCCAGAAUCAAAAGGAAAUGACAUUUCGGGAAAAUAGCCCAAAAUCUGUGAUGGUACCCCUUUGGAAUCUGCCAAAAAUUGACCCAGAAUAAAUUCGCCCGGAUCUCUGAUUAACGGACGUAAUCAUCGUUGAAGAAUAUCCUCAGGCCGAAUCCGUGAUCUGUAGCCUUCAAAAUCAAAAGAAAAUGGCCUCUCGUCGCCCUAAAAAUUACGAAAAAUGUCAUCUGAAAAUAAAUUGGGCCAAAUCGGUGCUUAUGGACUUAUCCUCUGCGGAGAAUAGGAUAAAUAGACUUCAUUAUCGGUGGAGAAUAGUCUCGGCCUGAAUCCGUGAUCUGUAGCCUCCAAAAUCGAAAGAAAAUGGCAUUACGGGAAAAUCGCCCAAAAUCUAUGAUGGUAUCCCUUUGAAAUCCGCCAAAAAUUGACCCGGAAUAAAUUCGCCCAAAUCACUGCUUAAUGGACUCAAUCAUCGUUGAAGAAUAGCCUCUAGCCGAAUCCGUGAUCUGUAGCCUUCAAAAUCCAAAGAAAAUGGACUUUCGUUGCCCAAAAAAUUACGAAAAUGUCAUCCGAAAAUAAAUUGGGCAAAAUUGGUGCUUAAUGGACUUAUCAUCUGCGGAGAAUAGGAUCCAUAGACUUCGUUAUUGGUGGAGAAUAGCCUCCGCCUGAAUCCGUGAUCUGUACCAUCCAGAAUCGAAAGAAAAUGGCAUAUCGGUAAAAUCACCUAAAAUCUGUGAUGGUACCCCUUUGGACUCUGCCAAAAUUUGACCCGGAUUAAAUUCGCCCAAUUUCGUGCUUAAUGAAUGUAAUCAUCGUAGAAGAAUAGCCUCAGGUCGAAUCCGUGAUCUUUACAUUCAGAAUCCAAAGAAAUUGGCCUAUUGUCAACCAAAAAUUACGAAAAUGUCAUCCAAAAAUAAAUUGGCCCAAAUCAGGGCUUGAUGGACGUAAUCAACCAUGGAGAAUAAGAUCAAUAGACUUUAUUAUCGUGGGAGAAUAGCCUCGGCCUGAAUCAGUGAUCUGUAGCCUCCAUAAUCGAAAGAAUAUGGCAUUUUCGGAAAAUCGUUCAAAAUCUAUGAUGGUACCCCUUUGGAAUCUGCCAAAAAUUGACCCGGAAUAAAUCUGCCCAAAUCUUUGCUUAAAGGACGUAAUCAGCGUUGAAGAAUAUCCUCAGGCCGAAUCCGUGAUCUGUAGCCUUCAAAAUCCAAAGAAAAUGGCCUUUGUCGCCCAAAAUAUUACGAAAAUGUCAUCCGAAAAUAAAUAGGGCCAAAUCGGUGCUUACUGGACUUAUCAUCUGUGGAGAAUAGCCUCGGCCUCAAUCCGUAAUCCGUAGCCUCCAGAAUCGAAAGAAAAUGGCAUUUCGGGAAAAUUGCUCAAAAUCUAUGAUGGUACCCCUUUGGAAUCCGCCAAAAAAUUGAACCGGAAUAAAUUCGCCAAAAUCCGUGCUUAAUGCACUCAAUCGUCGUUGAAGAAUAGCCUCAGGCAGAAUCCGUGAUCUGUAGCCUUCAAAAUCCAAAGAAAAUGGCCUAUCGUCGCCCAAAAAAUUACGAAAUUGUCAUCCGAAAAUAAAAUGGGCCAAAUUGGUGCUUAAUGGAUUUAUCAUCUACGGAGAAUAGCAUCAAUAGACUUUAUUAUCGAUGGAGAAUAGCCUCGACUGAAUCUGUGAUCUAUAGCCUCCAGAAUCGAAAGAAAAUGACAUUUCGGGAAAAUAACCCAAAAUCUGUGAUGAUACCCCUUUGGAAUCCGCCAAAAAUUGUCCCGGAAUAAAUUCGCCCAAAUCUGUGCUUAAUGAACGUAAUCAUCGUAGAAGAAUAGCCACAGGAAGAAUUCGUGAUCUUUAAACUUCAGAAUCCAAAGAAAAUGGCCUAUUGUCAACCAAAAAUUACGAAAAUGCCAUUCAGAAAUAAAUUGGCCCAAAUCGGGGCUUAAUGGAUGUAAUCAUCCAUGGAGAAUAGGAUCAAUAGACUUCAUUAUCGGUGGAGAAUAGCAUCGGCCUGAAUCCGUCAUCUGUAGCCUCCAGAAUAGAAAGGAAAUGGUAUUUCGGGAAAAUCGCCCAAAAUUUGUGAUGGUACCCCUUUGGAAUCCGCCAAAAAUUGACCCGGAAUAAAUUUACCCAAAUCCGGGCUUAAUGGACUCAAUCAUCGUUGAAGAAUAGCCUCAGGGCGAAUCCGUGAUCUGUAGCCUUCAAAAUCCAAAGAAAAUGGUCUUUCAUCGUCCAAAAAAUUACGAAAAUGUCAUCCGAAAAUAAAUUGGGUCAAAUCGGUGCUUAAUGGACUUAUCAUCAGCGGAGAAUAGGAUCAAUAGACUUUAUUAUCGGUGCAUAAUAGCCUAGGCCUGAAUCCGUGAUCUGUAGCCUCCAGAAUCAAAAGAAAAUGGCAUUUCGAGAAAAUCGCCCAUAAUAUGUGAUGGUACCCUUUGGACUCUUGGAAAAAUUGACCAGGAAUAUAUCCGCCCAAAACGGUGCUUAAUGGACGUAAUCAUCGUUGAAGAAUAUCCUCCGGCCGAAUCUGUGAUCUGUAGCCUUCAAAAUCCAAAGAAAAUGGCCUUUCGUCGCCCAAAAAAUUACGAAAAUGUCAUCAGAAAAUUAAUUGGGCCAAAUCGGUGCUUAAUGGACUUAUCAUCUGCGGAGAAUAUGAUCAAUAGACUUCAUUAUCGGUGGAGAAUAGCGUCGGCCUGAAUUCGUAAUAUGUAGCCUCCAGAAUCGAAAGAAAAUGGCAUUUCGGGAAAAUCGCCAAAAUCUGUGACGGUGCCCCAUUGGAAUGCACCAAAAAUUGACCCCCGAAUAAAUUCGCCCAAAUACGUGCUUAAUGGACUCAAUCGUCGUUGAAGAAUAGCCUCAGGCCGAAUCCGUGAUCUGUAGCCCUCAAAAUCCAAAGAAAAUGGCCUUUCGCCGCCCAAAAAAUUACGAAAAUGUCAUCCGAAAAUAAAUUGGGACAAAUCGGUGCUUAAUGGAAUUAUCAUAUGCCGAGAAUAGGAUCAAUAGACUUCAUUAUCGGUGGAUAAUAGCGCCGGCCUCAAUCCGUGAUUUGUAGCCUCCAAAAUCAAAAGAAAAUGGCAGUUCGGGAAAAUCACCCAAAAUCUGUGAUGGUACCUCUUUGGACUUUGCCAAAAUUGACCCGGAAUAAAUCCACCCAAAUCUGUGCUUAACGGACGUAAUCAUCAAUGAAGAAUAUCCUCAGGCCGCAUCCGUGAUCUGUAGCCUACAGAAUCGAAACAAAAUGGGAUUUCGGGAAAAUAGUCCAAAAUCUGUGAUGGUACCCCUUUGGUAUCCGCCAAAAAUUGUCCCAGAAUAAAUUCGCCCAAAUCCGUGCUUAAUGAACGUAAUCAUCGUAGAAGAAUAGCCACAGGUCGAAUCCGCGAUCUUUAAACUUAAGAAUCCAAAGAAAAUGCCUAUUGUCUACCAAAAAUUACGAAAAUGCCAUCCAGAAAUAAAUUGGCCCGAAUCGGGGCUUAAUAGACGUAAUCAAUAAUCAUCCAUGGAGAAUAGGAUCAAUAGACUUCAUUAUCGCUGGAGAAUAGUCUCAGCCUGAAUCAGUGAUCUGUUGCCUCCAGAAUCGAAAGAAAAUGGCAUUUCGGGAAAAUCGCUCAAUAUCUGUGAUGGGUGCCCCUUUGGAAUACACCAAAAAUUGACCCGAAAUAAAUCCUCCCAAAUCGGUGCUUAAUGGAAUUAAUCAUCGUUGAAGAAUAGCCUCAGGCCUAAUCCGUGAUAUGUAGCCUUCAAAAUCUAAAGAAAAUUACCUUUCGUUGCCCAAAAAAUACAAAAAUGCCAUCCGAAAAUAAAUUGGGCCAAAUAGGUGCUUAAUGGACUUAUCAUCUGUGGAGAAUAGGAUCAAUAGACUUCAUUUUCGGUUGAUAAUAGCCUCGGCCUGAAUCCGUGAUCUGUAGCCUCUACAAUUAAAAGAAAAUGGCAUUUUGGAAAAAUUGCCCAAAAUAUAUGAUGGUACCCCUUUGGAAUAUGCGAAAAAUUGACCCGGAAUAAAUCCUCUUAAAUCGG